UCGAACACGGAACAAUAAGCUCUUUGCUUGUUACUUAUUAAUAUGCGAAAUGCAACAGAACGAAGAGAACUUUGACUCAGAUAUUUUGUUUUGAUCGUACGAUUUUCUUAUUUUAUAAAGGCAAAGUUCAAUGUAGCGUGCAGAUUGUUGCUUUAUUUAUUCCGCUUUAUUAAUUGGAGGAUUUAGUGAGUGCAAAGAUCUCUAGGAUGGUGCUAAAACUAUCUUAUGUGAUCCAGUUGGGGUACAAAAGAAACUCUAUGACUGGCUCAUGUAGAAAUAUGAUUUAUAGGAGUUUUGCAAUGGCUGCUAACGCUGAAAGAACGUUCAUCAUGGUAAAACCCGACGGUGUCCAACGGGGCCUGGUAGGGGAAAUUUUGAAAAGAUUCGAACAGAAAGGCUUCAAACUGGUUGCUUUGAAAUUUGUCUGGCCCUCAGAAGAACUUCUGAAACAGCAUUACGCUGACUUAGCUGGACGUCCAUUUUUCCCUGGUCUAGUCAAGUACAUGUCGUCUGGACCAGUAGUGCCCAUGGUGUGGGAAGGACUAAAUGCAGUGAAAACCGGCCGUGUAUUGUUGGGAGCCACCAACCCUGCCGACAGUGCCCCUGGAACCAUUAGGGGAGACUUGUGUGUCCAGGUGGGCAGAAACAUCAUUCAUGGAUCUGACGCUGUAGAGUCGGCAAAUAAAGAAAUCGCUCUUUGGUUCAACGAGAAAGAGGUCGUUUCUUGGCAGCCAGCCCAACAACCCUGGGUAUACGAAGACUAAAUGGUUUUUAAAAAUUGCUAGUUUAAAUCCCGAAAACUAGAUCAGUUGCAUUUGUCUUACCUAAAGUGCUCGAUUUUGUAAGAUUUUAUUUUAUUUAUCAAAACCCAAUAAAAUAUUGGUCACAUUUCA